AUGUCUAACCUGUACAAGGUUACGACAAGGUGCGUGACUGGGGCGCUGCAGCGGGAGGUCGAGGCCCGGGGCCUGCUCACUCCCAACCAGUUGGGAGUGGCCCGCAGGAUCCAGGGUGCCAAGGAACACGUGUUGACCAACAUUGCGCUGAACGAGCGUCACGGAAACCGGCUGUUCGCAACCUGGAUAGACGUUCAGAAGGCAUACGACAACAUCGACCACGAGUAUCUGCGCAGUGUGUUACGACAUCUCCGGUUCCCGGGGUGGGUGAUGCACUUCAUCGAGAGCAUUUGCUCGAGAUGGCAGACUCGUGUGCGGUGGCAGAGAUACGACUUGUUUGACAAGAGAGUCGAGAAGGGCUUACUACAGGGGGACAGCUUGUCCCCCCUGCUGUUUGUGCUGUGCAUGGACCCGCUGAGUCGGCUGCUUAGCAGCAAGUACGACGCGGUAGAAAUGCAAACGCGCGACGGCAGGGUGAUGGCCACAAACCAUCUCCUGUAUAUUGACGACCUAAAGCUGAUUGCCAAGGACGCCGAGACGCUACGACUUAUGACAGAGGAGACGCAGGUCUUCUUUGGGAAGAUUGGGAUGACAAUCAACCGCGAUAAGUCUGCGACGAACGCGGCCGAGUGCGCUCACCUCGCCAAGAGGAUGAGGCCUAACGUCGGUGCUCAGCGCCGAGCUGGAGCGCCCACGGGCCAAAUGAGGGGCGUAGCCCAGCCAGCCGACGGGAGCAAUCCCGCGGCCCCGGAGGGUGCUAUGAACACCGAUGGCGAUGCCUCAGCAGUUCAACGAGGAGACAGCCUGUAUGACGGCCCUUCGACGUACAAGUACUUGGGCAUCAAUGAGUACGCGGACUCCAGAGUGAGUGACGAUGUAUUCGAUGUCCUGGCUGGAGAGAUCUACAAGAGGGUUACUCGGCUCCUCGACCAAGAACUUAACAGCCGGAACCUCUUCAGAGCAAUCAACCAGUACGCUCUGAGUGUGAUAAAUUAUUAUAUCGGAGUCUUGGAGCUGGACCGGUUCCACUUCCAAGCCAUCGAUCUGAAGAUCCGAACCUUACUUGCCGAGCACGGCGCCCAUAAAGUACCGGCAAAUAAGCAGCGCCUGUACCUCACUCGCAAAGAGGGAGGUCGAGGUCUGCACAAUGUCGAGUUCCGCGCGGAGUCAAUGCUCAUGAGGCUAUGGAUGACCCUAGAAAAGGACGCUCGGUAUUCCGAGCGCAGGGCCGCCAUCCUCGAGCAUUUCCGCAGCAAAAACUCGGUCAUUGGCCAGAUCCUGCUGCAUUUGCACAGUACGUAUGGGCUAGAGAUAGACGACAAGACCACCAUAGCGGACGCUACAGCCAAAUUGCGCGAAUUCCAGACUGGCUACCUGCAUGCCCAAAUUAAUGAAAAAGCCUGUCAUCGGGUAAUGUAUAGCAACAGUAAACCUGGAGUCGUGGAUUGGGACGAGUCGACACUGUGGCUUCGGAAGGGCGACCUAUCACCGGCACAAGAGGCACUAAUGCUACUGGUCCAAGACCGCAACCUCUCCUUCAUGAGCGUGAGCGACAAACACGUCCGCUGUGGCUCGAAGGUUAAUGUUGACCACCUGGCGACUCGCUGCCGGGAGCUCCGAGUAGUCGAGUACACAGGGCGGCACAACAAGGUUGCGAGGAGGAUCGUAGGAGUGGCCAUGGAGCAAAUUGGAGCACGAAGACAGCGGGUAGGUAAUGAGAAGAUCAAUCAGCACAUCUCGGGGAAACACGGGUGGAUCACCUUUGACAAGGUGAUCCCUACGGAUGGGCCUUUGGAGCACAACCGACCGGACAUCAUUGUCGCGAAUCGGAAGACGAACACUAUACUGGUGAUCGAGAUCGGUAUAACCAAUCAAGAUACACUGGUAGCCCGUGAACUGGAGAAGAAGUUUAAGUACGAGGCGUUGAAGAAAGCUCUCAGACAUAGGAUGUUCAAUAAGGAUACGGUCAUCGAUGUCGUGCCCUAUGUAAUGACGUGGGAUGCACUGGUGACUCGUCACCACGCGGAACACCGAAGACGCAUAGGAAUCUCUGAUGGUAUGGAGGCGCAGAUUCAACGUAUUGUCUUGCAAGACACGCUGGAGAUCGUAUUCCGCGAGUUGAGUUACGAUCCCGAUCAAACUCCGCCGGGAACGGUGGGACGCCACGAGCGGCUGCUCGACGGUGACCUGCCGCCUGAAGAGGGAGAGGAGGAGCGUGACCACCGCUGGCUACGAAACCAGUCCUUGGCGUCGGCUGGGGCAUCCACGAGGGGAGACAUGGUGAAAGGGAUCCAACGCGCGAUCGAGAGAAGUCGGAAGGGACGCGUACAGGGAGGGAGCAGGAGGAGAGAUCCUCAGGCUCAGGGUGGAGCAGACCGUCAAGGAGAGCUCCGGGACCCGGAAGCGGCGGCGGCGACGCCACCGUCAGACGGGACGCACACACCCGCCCCCAACGGGAGCGCGAGCUCCCAUACGCGGCCCCGAAGGAGUGGAUAUAGCAGGAAGUAUGGAACGAAAGCGGUAACGCCAGGCAACGGGACUGCACCACACUCAAGAACGAGGCAGGAUCCAAGCACUACCCCGGGAAUGGAGGCUCACCACGACCCACCACGGAGCGGAGCUCGCCCACUAGGGACACGCCGGCAAGGGGGCGCGAGCCCAUCGCGAAGCGAAGGGGCGCGGACAAGCCCGGGGCCCGGGAACGGGCGUACGGGUAGCCCGCAAACUGGAGCCAGCGGUGCCCGGCGGCGCCGCAGACGGAAACCUCAGCAGGGGGGACCGGAAGCAGCGCCUGGGACCGCGCCGUUGCCCAACGGAGGGAGGUCGGCAUCGACAGACACGGGUGCAAGGCGGUCUGCCGCCGAUUCCUCACCCCCUCGACGGCGACCUCGACCCAACGGGACGAGGAGCGCUGGACAGGGCAGCGUGAGGGAGCCCGUGUGUGCCUCAGGACACGCGUCGGUAGCCGGUAGCCAAACUCCGGCAGGGCAAGCGACAGGCAGCACCGUUGCUGCCUGUUGA